AUGGACGAAAGCUUAGCACCUUUUUACCGGAAUCGAAGGAGAUUACCUCGAAAACAGCGUCGACAUGAAUGCUCCAGUAAAGCCAAUCGACAGCAGGUCAAGAGGAAUCCGCCGUCGUCUUCCGAUGGAAUCGACCUUCGAAUCUCUUCACCAAACACUUUCACUCGAUAUGGAAGUAAACUCAUCAAUAAAUAUAUGUAUUCCUUGCAUGAGAUUAAGUGGAUUUUAAUGGAAACUUCUGCCAGAUCGACGUCAGUUCGAUUUUUAAUUGGAUUUAUUGAAGAUCCAGACUGCUCUGUAAUCCUUAUCUGUACUGUGAAGCCUAGCACCUUGGCUCUAUGGCGUUGUUAUGAAGUUGCUGCGUAA